AUGGGAGCUCACCUGGUCAGGCGAUAUAUCACCGAGACCGACACCGAACCAGAUCCGGCGAGGAAAUUUGAGUUCGACCCCCAAUUCGGGUUUCCCGAGAGGAAAGAGCGAGAGAUGGUGGCGACGCAGGAGCAGAUGAACUUGGCCCAGGUGCCUUUGGAGCAGAGGGACUAUUGUGCUCAUCACCUCCUAAAGCUGAUGAAGUGCAAAAGGGACAACUGGCCAAACUUCCUUGCCUGCAAACAUGAGAGACAUGACUGGGACUACUGUCAACAUCAGGACUACGUGAUGCGGAUGAAGGAGUACGAGAGGGAAAGGAGACUCCAACUGAGGAAGAAAAGAAUUGAGGCCCAGGCUGAAGCUGCAUAA